UGCUGCAGAGUAAGCCUGGUUAACAGCAAGAAAGGGCCUUCUAGGUGCAAGGGCAGGAAAGGGCCCAGGUCCUCCAAGCUCCAGCCCCAAGGGAGAUGGGGUCCCUGAGGUCUUCCCGGCACUUCCCCUUGGGACCACUGCCCCCCAAGUGCUGGUUAUGGUUUGUCCCUGAGCCCCACACCUCUCAUCUCGAAUUGCCCACAGUACAGUUUAUUGAGCACCUGCUCUGUGCCAGGCAUUGGCGCAGGUGCCGGGGAUGUAGUCAGUGAACAGGUCACGCCCUGACCCCUGGAGUUUUGCCCUGUGGAGCAGACAGACAUCAGACAAGCAGAUUUUAAGACAGCAGGUCAUGUUCAGUGCCAAGAGGACAGUAAGCCAGGGACGGGGACCAAUGGGGGCUGGUCCCAGGGCCGCCUUCUGGCACAGCACACACCCCUGCUUACCUCAGCCUCCUGAGAAGCCCCCUGGCCUGUCAUCACCACCCAGAGUCUCGUCCUCUCCUCCCACCCUUUCCAACCGGCCAUGAUGCCACCUAGGAUGCAGGCCACAGCACCAGGAGCUGGCGCUCAAGUGAUCCGCCAGCCUCCACCUCCCUUCCUGCGCCAGUGGAGCCUGCAUUCUGUGCCCUGCCCCACCUGUCCCAGCCGUCCUCGUCUCCUUGUCCCUUCCACAUCGUUUCCUCUCCUUCCUUCAAACUCACAUCCCCUCUGCCCACCAUGGGCUGAACCUCUGGACUCCAUGGUCCCUCUUUUUCCUUCUUCCUCUGUCAUCCACUGUCACUCCAACCCUCCUGUCCUCAUGGAAGACGGCAGCUCCCAAGCCAUCCCUUCUCUCUGCCUUAUUCUUGACACCAUCCUGGCUGGUGUCUGCAGUCACACGGACGACACAGUACUUUGUCCCCAGCUCUCCUCCUGGUGCCCACAGCCUCUGCUUCUGCACCGCCAUCCGGGUCAUGCUGGGCCCCUUCUCCUGCCCGAUCCGCGCACCUCUUCUCUUCUUUUGUGCUCUCUGAUGCGGCUACUCCACCUGACAGAGCCGCCUGGGACAUGGGUGGUUCCAUCUCAUUCCAAAUCCAUGUCCCAAGCCUCCAAAGAACUGGGACCCUGUGCAGCAGCCCCUUCUCCCACCACUUUCCUGAGAUCACAAGUCAUCAAAAAAGAAAAACCUACGCAUAUAGUACCCAUCUUUUCACCUAGAAAUAAAGCUACAUUUAUUAUACGUUUUGGUGCACUUUGCACAAGAAAAUAGAAUGCUUUAUUUUUGGAAGUAAGAAUUACUGAUGAGCAACCAUAAAUAGUUUUUAAAUGUAGACCUUUUAAAUUAUAUUGCAUUUUAUAAAAAUGUUACUAAGUAUAUGAUGAGAAAUUACCAAUAAAUAUCUUUAUCUGUUUCCA